AAAAAGAAAGGGGGAGAAGAAAAAAACUCGUAUGAAUCAAAUGAGGCAGUGAGAUCCACCGAAGAGGCAAGCCUCGAAAUCACCUUAUUCACGUCUUCAUCCUCCACCGGCUACUCUCUCUCUCUCCAUUAGUUCUGGCCAAACCUAUCAAUCCGUUUCCAAUUACAUCAUCAUUUCCCUGUCGUAAGCGCAGAGUCCCAAUUGUCCCUGGGUUGAUUUGGUCCGUAGAGGAGGUUUCUGCUCCCGAUCGCAACCUUUCCUGCGAAAUCUGGUCUCAAUCGUAGCUUCCCAGAUCGUGUUUUUGGUGAUCUGACGGCGUGAGACUGGUUCUUCAAUCUUUGGCAUUUGACCCCUUUGCGAAUUCGUCUUGCGAGGACGAGCUGCUAUCGUAAUUUCGGGAAUUAGGGUUUUCGUGGGCUCGCCAUGGAUUCCAGCAGGAGAGCUGUGGAAUCGUACUGGAGAUCGCGGAUGAUCGACGCAGCGACCUCUGACGAGGACAAGGUGACGCCAGUCUACAAGCUUGAAGAGAUCUGCGACCUCCUGCGAUCUUCUCAUGUCGGCAUCGUGAAGGAAGUCUCCGAGUUCAUCUUGAAACGUCUUGAUCAUAGGAGCCCCAUCGUUAAGCAGAAGGCUCUUAGGUUGAUAAAGUAUGCUGUGGGAAAGUCUGGUGCGGAGUUUAGGAGAGAAAUGCAGAGGAACUCGGUUGCUGUCCGCAAUUUAUUACACUACAAGGGCCACCCAGAUCCUCUCAAAGGGGAUGCACUUAAUAAGGCUGUAAGAGAGACAGCUCAAGAAGCUGUUUCUUCCAUAUUCUCGGAGGAGACCAGUAAACCCACUGCUGCUCCUGAAGGUGUCAGCAGACGUAUCCAAGGAUUUGGUAAUACGAACUUUGAGAUGCAUUCCGAAGAUAAGAAAUCAAUCCUGAGUGAGGUGGUGGGCAUUGGAACUGCAUCCAUAAAGCAAGGACUUAGUACCUUUGCUCAAAGUCAUUUGCCGAAGAAGAAUGAGAUUGGAAGCUACCGGGGCCCAAAUCUCCAUCGAUCUUUAACGAUGGAAGAUGAAAACUCUAGUAGAUAUCAGCCAGUUAUGUUAGGAAAUGAUGGUAACUAUGGGAUGCCGAAGAACACAGGCGAUGGAAAUUGGGGCCAAAUUUCCGGAGGAGCGAGUGAAAAUUCUGCUUCGGGUCAUGUUGCGAGCAAAACACGUGAAGAGAAGCUGUUGGAAACCAUUGUAACGUCUGGUGGUGUACGUCUGCAGCCCACUCGUGAUGCUCUUCAGGUUUUCCUCUCUGAGGCCACAAAACUGGAUGCGGUUGCUUUAAGCAUUGCUCUUGACGCAAAGCUCCAAUCUCCGCUGUGGCAGGUCCGGAUGAAAGCUGUAUGUGUUCUUGAGGCCAUUUUGAGGAAGCAGGAUGAUGACAAUUUUUCAAUUAUAGCUACAUAUUUUAGUGAAAACAAGGAUGUCAUACAGAGGUGCUCAGAGUCUCCCCAAUCUUCUGUCCGUGAAAAGGCUACCAGGGUUCUGAGCCUUAUAAAUGGUGGACAGUCGAGUGGUUUGAUGAGUAAUUUAGAAACUUCGGUGAAGAGAGAGAAAGCUUCUACUGUUGAUUUACCUGACUUGAUAGACACGGGUAGCGCAGAUUUUUUGACAGAUGAAACUGUGACAAAACCAAAUGAUAUAGGUAUGGCCAGUACGACAGUGACAACGGCCCCAUUAAUGGAUGAUCUGUUUGGGGAUAGCACAGGUGAACUGAAUAACAAAGAGAAACAAAAUGAUGACGAUCCCUUUGCAGAUGUAUCAUUUCAUUCUAGUGGAGUAAAAGAAAACCCAGAUGACCUGUUCUCUGGAAUGACUAUUGGUGCAAAACCGGGUGCUGGUGGUAACCAUACGAGAGAAAACAAGAUUGAGCCUGAGCCACUGGAUAUGUUUGGCUCGAUAUCAGACCUUAAAACAGAGGCAGAAAACCCGAAUAACAUAAACGAUUUGAUGGGGAGUCUCUUCGUUAGUGGGAACACCUCAAAUCAGAAAGGAUCAUCUUCCACCAGUACACUUCCCGAGAAUUUGUUUGCAACUUCAAGCACUGCUGUCCACCAACCACCAGAAAAUCCAUCAGGAGGCUUGCUUGGUUCACAAAUUCCUGGGUUUAUGCAAAAUCCAAUCGCUUCUGUGGGUGUUAUGCCAUUCAAUUUUCCUCCUGGGAUAAUGUUGAAUCCAGCUUUUGCUUCUCAGCCAUUUAAUUACGCUGCUAUGGAGAAUUUGUUAGCUCAGCAGCAAUUCCUUGGUAGUAUGUCUAGUUUCCAGCAGCUUGGUAACGUGAAUGCUCAGAGCGGUGGAAGUGGUUUCCCUGCCGGUACUAGUGGAGGAUAUCCCUCGCCACUUCCUGAUGUAUUCCAGGCAAAUCUGACUAAACAGCCUCCAACCUCGGUUAUGAAUGGUUCAAAGAAAGAAGAUACAAGAGCAUUUGAUUUCAUCUCUGAUCAUGUAGCGGCUGCCCGAGACACAAAGAGAGUAUCUUGAUGCCUCACGAUAGAGAUACUCGUUGAUCAAUCCGUAAAGUUUAUGGAAAAUAUCUUGUUGGCUAUUGAAGUGUGUUUUGGUCAUCUGAAAAUGGGAAGGAAGAAAUCUGAGAGGUGGAGGUCCCUGUCUUUUCUUUGGUUUCUCUUUCGGGGUCAUUCUGGAUUUGUUUGAAGUUAGAAGAGCAGAAACUGCAUAAGCCCACACAGCAUUUUCCCUUGCCGAUGUACAUGUUCUUUGUUUCUUCUUUGGUUGAAAGAACGUGUAAAGUUGCUCCUUAUUCAUCUUCUUUUUCUUUCA